AUGGCUACAUUCAAUAUCAUCGAGCCAGGUGUUGCCUUUAUCUCCGGAGCCGCCUCAGGUAUUGGAAAAGCUACAGCCUUCGCUUUUGCGAAACAUGGUGUUACUAAGCUAGCGCUGGGUGAUAUCAAUAGCUCAGCUCAAGCCGCUGUUAGCAAGGAGAUCCAAGCCAGCUUUCCGAAUGUCGAAAUAGAGACUCUUUCUCUUGAUGCAGGGGACGAAACCUCCAUCAUCAACGCUCACAAACAGAUAGUGGAAAGAUUUGGAAGAAUUGAUUAUGCCGUCAACAACGCUGGGGUUCCAGGAGUUCUGAGACGGUCGACAGAACUGACGACAGAAGAGUUUAGUCAGGCAGUUCACGUGAACAUGACAGGAGUAUGGAUCGCACAAAGAACACAGCUUAAUCAGAUGAUGAAGCAGGAGCCCUUGGCUCCAGGGUACCUCGAGUACAGUCAGUUCAAUUUCAGAUUGAAUCGCGGAGUCAUCGUCAAUGUGGCGUCGAUAUAUGGUAAAGUCUGUGGGACAGAGGUAACAUCUUACUGCACGAGUAAGUUUGGCGUCAUAGGCCUCACCAAAAGUGACUCGGUCGACUAUGCUCCGCAUAACAUUCGCAUAAACGCUGUUUGUCCAGGGUUCAUCGCCACUGCAAUGUUGGGCGAAGCUGUGAAUCUACCGCAAGGGAACUUGAAAAGGUUCAUAGAUGGGACUCCGAUGAGACGUUUCGGAAAGUCCGAAGAGAUUGCCGACGCUAUUAUCUUCCUGUCAUCUAACAUGAGUGCUUUCAUUACCGGUCAGGAAUUGUCUGUCGAUGGGUAUGCAGGUUCACGAACCUUACACAAGAUCGGAAUCUUCUAA